AAAAACCAGAGAACAACUGAAACCUUUUUCUUCAACAAUGGCGGCGAUUUCAACUGAGCCCGAUCUCAAUGAGACAAGUUGCAAGAAAGAUUUCAACUUGCCGUUAAUCAAACGUGAUCUGUUGUAUGCCACAAAACAAUGCCAAGAAAUGGGGCUGUUACAAAGUGCUAAAUGGUGCGCUGAGCUAUCCUACUCUCUUCAAAAUAUAAAACCAGCUCCUCCAGUACAGAUUGAAGAAGAUCCACAGGAUUUCCUGGAAGAGUUUGACAAGUACACCCUUGCCAAGACAUUCUUUGACCUGAGAGAAUAUGAGAGAGCAGCUUUCUUUGUGGAUGGUUGUCAAAGCAACAAGGCUUUCUUCCUUCACAUGUAUGCCAACUACUUGGCUGGAGAGAAAAAGAAGUAUGAUGACCUGACUGACCUCAUUGGACCUAUCCAGUUCAAAACCAUUCAGAAUGGUUCGUUAAAAGCCUUACGACGUGAUUUGGAGAAGAGGUACAAUGAAGGCCGAUGCGAUGGAUUUGCUCUCUACCUGUAUGGAGUUGUUUUGAAGAAGCUUGAACUGCUUAAACCAGCCAAGACAGUACUAGUGGAAGCUCUUCAUAAAGCCCCUCUUCAUUGGGGUGCAUGGAUAGAAUUAUCUGGACUAGUAACAGAUUGGGAGAAGCUGACUAGUCUGAAUCUUCCAGACCAUUGGAUGAAAGAGUUCUUCUUGGCAUACACAUGUGUUGAGCUUCAGUUGAAUGAAGAAGCAUUGAAGAGAUACACAGCUCUGAGCGAAGCAGGGUUCCAGAAGAGCACAUUCAUCAUAUCACAGAUCGCGAACGGGCAUCACAUUAUCAGAACCCUUGAUGUUGCAGUGGAGCUGUUCAGUCAACUCCAAAAGGUUGAUCCAUACAGGUUAGAAAACAUGGACACUUACUCCAACCUUCUCUAUGUAAAGGAAAUGAAAGCUGAAUUAAGCCACCUAGCUCAUCAGGUGUGUGAGGUAGAUAAAUACAGAGUAGAGACAUGCUGUGUCAUCGGUAAUUACUACUCCUUACGUGGUCAACAUGAGAAGGCUGUGCUGUACUUCCAGCGAUGCUUGAAACUGAAUCCCCACUAUCUCUCAGCCUGGACUCUAAUGGGUCACGAGUACAUGCAGAUGAAGAAUACCCCUGCUGCUACAGAAGCCUACAGGCAAGCCAUAGAGGUAAAUAAGCGUGAUUUCAGAGCUUGGUAUGGUCUAGGUCAGACGUAUGAUAUUUUGAGGAUGCCCUUCUAUUCGCUCUAUUACUACAGGCAAGCUCAGCAAGUCAGACCCAAUGAUUCAAGGAUGCUGGUUGCCCUUGGUGAAAGCUACGAACGUUUGGACAAGAUUGCCGAAGCUAAGAAGUGCUACUGGAGGGCUUAUUCCGUAGGGGAUGUGGAAGGUGUAGCUUUAGUCAAGCUAGCAAGAUUACAUGAGAAAUUCAAUGAAGAGGAAAAGGCAGCCUCAUUCUAUUCUAAGUAUGUUGAACAAAUGGAGACGAGAGGGACUGCAGAUACAGAGGAUCACUGUCAAGCCUACCGUUACUUGGCCAGGUAUCAUCUCAAACAGAAUAACUUUGACGAAGCCACCAACUAUGCUCAUAAAUGCUGCGAUCACAGUGAGACAAGAGAAGAAGGCAAGGCCAUCCUGAAAGAGAUCUCAACAAGACGACCUAGCGGUGAGACACCCCAUCCUGCCACCCACCCCUCUGGUCUGGAGACGGAUGGUGGCUCCAUCACACAGGGACAGAAUCAGAUCAGCCGGACGGCAGGGGAUGUAGCGGGUGAUAUCCUCAACAGAGUGACCCCGAUGAACCUCACAUUUACCCCUUGAUCUCAUCAGAUCCCAACAGAAUGUAGCGAACUGUAGUACCAAACAAUGUAUAGAGGAAGCUGCAAAGACUUAACCAAAAUAACACUUUUUUUUUAAAGACAAGUAUGUAUGUCUCACAUCUUACACAAGGCGGAUAAAGGCUCUAUCAUGCAAGAACAGAAUCAGAAUGUCCUCAACAGGGUGACCCCAAAUGAACGUUACAUUUACCCAUUGAAUUCUUGAGAUUACAACAAGAGUGGACCUUGCAUCCCAUCCAUAUAGCAGAUGUUGCAUUGAAGCUGUAAAGCUCUUUACAGGAGUGAUAAGACUUUUUAAAAAAUAUAUGGUUGACCUUUCCAUAGUCAGACUUGCAUUACGAUACCUUGCUAUUUAUUAUCAUUUAGAAUAAAUAUAAGUGGAAUCAAUUUUUUAGCCAUAUGUAGGAUUUAUUUAUGCCUGGCUAAAAUAUUAUACUGAGCUCUUAGUGUUUGUCACAUCUCAUUUGAUACGAAAUGGAGAAUUCAUUUCCUUCAUGAGAGAUUUAAAUAGUCAUAAAGCUAGUCCACAAACCAAAUUUAAGGUUUGUGUAUGACUCCAGGGGACAUCGUGAAGUAUUCAUUUUAAACUUAUAGGCUUGGGGGUCAUUUCCCCCCAAUGAAAAUUAAAUUGGGGGAUGCAUUUGGUGGGUGCUGUCUUUUGUUUUAUCACUCUUCAUCAUUGCCAUGUAGGACUAUCUGUACUGAUUAUUCUUGUAAUAGUAGGUUAUUACACUGCAGUAAACACUAACUUUACUCGCAAUCACAAAAACAUGAGCUUUCAAAACAGGGAAAAAGGCAAAGAUCCAUUUGUAAUCUUAAUAUUCUGUCUCCAGGCCAUUUUUUAAAGCUCCUUGAUGUUCUUAGUAAGACAUCAUUUAAAAAAGGAAAUUGAAAACCUUUGUUAGUUGAAUAUUGUUGAUCUCUUUAAUCAAAAAUCAUGUAUAUUCAUUUCAUACAAUAAAUUUGACUUUGAUUACAAA